AAAAAGGAUAAAGAAGAUAAAGAGGAUGAAAGGAAUAAUGUUUAUAUUUGUGAUUUUGGAUUAUGCCAACCUGUAAAAUCUUCUUUGAAAUAUAAUAUUUAUGGUGUUUUACCAUUUAUGGCUCCCGAAGUUUUAAGAGGUAAACCUUUUACUCAAGCUAGUGACAUAUAUAGUUUUUCUAUGAUCAUGUGGGAAUUUACAUCUGGAGUUCCACCAUUUAAUAGUAGUGCACAUAAUAUUGAACUUAGCUUAAGUAUUUGUAAAGGUGAACGUCCUGAAGUUAUUGAAAAUACUCCACAAUGA